UUGAGACUCCGGUAUAUUUUAAUAUUCUGAAUUAUUAUUUUGAGCUUCUCUAGCAGAGCAGUGUUAGUCAAGGUGAUGCCUUUCAGUUAUAAAUUGCCUAUCGACUACAGAUUACGUUUCUGGUCCGACCGCCCUUCAAAACCUUCUCGUCUACCACUUUUCCGCAACAUGUCCCAUGAACCCAUUCAAACCCUCCUCAACGCCAAUAAAGAGUGGGCGCAAAGCGUAAUCAAAGACGCACCUGAUUUUUUCACUCAGUCAGCCACCGGCCAAAGUCCCAAGAUCCUUUGGAUCGGCUGCUCCGACUCGCGAGUACCAGAAUCAGUCAUCACAGCUUCCAAGCCUGGCGAUAUCUUUGUGCACAGAAACAUAGCCAAUCAAUUCCACCUCAACGAUGAUAGCGCACUCUCCGUCCUCACAUAUGCCCUCAAAGUAGUUGGCGUUGAACACGUCGUCCUCGUUGGUCAUUCCAACUGUGGAGGUGCUGCUGCUUGCUUGAAAGCGGUCGAAGAUGCAGCAGCCGAUCCCGGCGCGUCCCAACCCGACACCCCACUGACGCGCUGGCUAAGCCCCCUUAUCGCGCAUGUUCAAUCCCUCGACCUAUCUGCGUGCUCUGCGAGUGAGGCGUUGAAUAAGGUCGUUGAAUCCAAUGUCAUCGCACAGGUCGACAAUAUCUGCAAGUCGGAACCGAUCAUCACUGCAUGGGCAGACCCGAAUGCGAGAAAGGUCACUGUACACGGAUGGGUUUACGACCUCGCCCGUGGACAAAUCGAUGAGCUCGUCUUCCGGGAAGCUCAAGCAUGACGAGAACAGUUUACGACUCUUCCACUUUUUAUGACAAGCUCCCAACCUUUUGCAACAAAUUCCAACCUUCGCUGCGUUCUUCACCUAGAUUUCCUCUAGAAUGGCUGUACACGUCAAGCAUGUGGUCAAGAUUAUUUGUAAAUUAUAUGUGUAGCUGAAAAAUAUAGUUUCAAAGUUGGACUUUUGAAAUUCGAACCUUACUACCUCUCAUGA